AGAGUGAUUAGUAAGCUAUAGGUUGGAACGGGGGAAGUUACGUAAGUACGGUUUGAAGUUCUGACAGCUGUGGUUAUGAAGAGGUCUGUCCAUCUGGAAUGUAACCGUGUGGAAAAUACAUUCAUUUCUUAUCAGCCAUAAAAUUCAUAAUAGCCUUACAUAACCUCGAAUGAUGGGAGUGGUUUGUGAAUAAUGGAUUUGGAAGGUUGUGAAAGGAAGUGAUUUGGCCCCAUUUAGGAUAUUAUUACGGCAUUUUUUCUGGAGACAUUGAGGAAUAUGAAGACCAAUCAGGAUAGCCGAGAUUAGAACCCAGGACUCCUCGAAUACAAACUGGAGGCGCUAGUUCCGUGAUGCCGUCGCCUCUCUGAGUCUCUCUCGCCAUGCUGCCCCGGAUCUCCCUUCGCCGCAGUUUCCUCUACCUGCUGGGUGUCACUUGCUUCCUCUUCCUGGCGGUAAACAUGCACCAGCGGGAGCUGUGGGCCCGUUCUCUGUUGGCGGCUGAGAUGGGUCCGGGGGGCGCCAACCCUCCCCACGGCGCGGCAGGCAGCAGGGGCAGUGACAAUGCUCAGGUCGCAGAUCACGUCGCCAUAGGGACCAGCAGCCGUCUGGAAGCGGCUGUCGAAGAAGAGACCAGCGUGAAGGAGCAGGACAUCGAGGAAGACCAGGCAGGGGCUAACCAGGGGAUGGUGGCAGCCACAAGCAUCAGUAACGGAAGAGAGGAUGUACCACAGGAAGAGGAACAAGGUCGGCCUUGGUACAUGUCUGGAGGCACACGAUGGCCUGUACCCGCAGCGAAGAUUCGGAAAACUGGACGUCGUAUACUUCGACUGUGGCCCCACGAAGACCCCGGGUCAGACCGCAUUACGAACCAACUCAUGUUUGUUCCACCUGUCUCGUCUACAGGCGAGUCAAAUGGUCAUCGGCUCAAGAAGAUACUUAUCUUCAACGGACUAGGCUCCUGGGCGCCACUCAAGCCAGGGAGGGAUGUAUUCACACAGGCCCGGUGCCCUGUUGACACCUGUACCGUCACGUCGGAUAAGGCGCAGGCAGCAGACGCCGAUGCGAUUCUGUAUAAGGAUCAUUUCGUCAACCCAGGCCAUCCUCGUCCACCAAGACAGGUAUGGAUCCUGUACUUCCUGGAGUGCCCGUAUCACACGCAGCACGUUAAAUUCAAUGAUGUGUUCAACUGGACGGCAACAUACCGCCGGGACAGCGACAUCGUGGCGCCCUACGAGCGUUGGGCGUACUACGACGAGCGCGUCAAGCAAAAUUCCAGACUCGAUCACAACUAUGCCGCCAACAAAACGAAAAAGGUUGCGUGGUUCGUAUCAAACUGCGGCGCCAGAAACCGCAGGCUACAGUAUGCACACGAACUGCAGAAGCACAUAUCUGUGGACAUCUACGGUGCCUGUGGCAGCAAGAAGUGUCCACGCUCCACGGCUGCCAAGUGUUUCGACAUGCUGGAUCGAGACUACAAGUUCUACCUCGCUUUCGAGAACUCCAACUGCAAGGACUACAUUACCGAAAAGUUCUUUGUGAAUGGCCUUGGCCGCAAUGUCUUGCCGAUUGUGAUGGGAGCCCGGCCUGAAGACUAUGCCCGCACUGCUCCAUACCGCUCCUAUAUCCACGUGGACGAAUUCGAAUCGCCCCAGGAACUUGCUGCGUACUUGCACCGCCUGGACGCAGACGAUGACCUCUACAACUCAUACUUCAAGUGGAAGGGCACAGGAGAAUUCAUCAACACGUAUUUCUUCUGUCGCCUGUGCGCCAUGCUACAUGAUGACUUCCCCAACAAGUCUUACCGGGACGUCAACGACUGGUGGCGUGGACCAGGCACCUGCACUGGGGGAUCGUGGAGGAAAGCGGCCAAGAACUUGGUGUCGGCGCCGGGAGGCUAGAGAAGCAAGCACAUGCAAAAUGCUGGGAUUUCGAGGCUGCUGUAUCCCAGCGAGAGAGCCGUAACAGAUCAGAAUGAUUCCAUUUUCUUGGCCUUAUUGCCGAGGUUUCUGUCCACGAUGAAAGCCUUGAUUAACCUCAGAAACUGCUAUGAAUGUAGAGGGCGUCACCAAGCGUGUUUAUAAUGAUGAAAACAGGGAAGGAGGUUCAAAUCCGACCCACGACACAUAGUGACGCUUAUUGUCCCAUAGGAACUUGGCUGAAGAAUGGUAUCUGCAUUAAAAGUAACAAGAAUUUUAAUAUUAUGUAAAUUUCAAUUUAAUCUUACAGUUGUCUGUAAAUAUUCAAAUGCUCCAUGCCAAAAACCAGUCUGACCGCGGAUAUUUUUUAGAAUAUCAAAUGUUCGUAGAACUGAUGCCAUCUCAGUUCAUUUUGAAUAUAAUAUAAUUUUGUAAAACAUGUUGGUUCUGGGAGAUACCACAUUCACAGAUAUGUGGAAGACGUGAUUCAGAAUUUGUGAUAGUUCUUAAAUUCUUUUCUCUGGUGAGAUAAACUACAAUAUGUGGUAUUCCCAGGAAAUAAGUACGAGUCAUAUAAUGAUUGCUUCUUUUAGCAAACGUUGGUCAUUGUUCUUUGAAGACAACAUACAAAGACAAUAAGGAAGUGCAGACUUCAGACAAUAUGCAAGUGUUAAUGCAGCCUCUUACCAUUAAUAGUGGUUAUUUAUUUAAUGAACAAUUAGUGAUGUUGACUCCUGUUGUUGAAUUUGUAUGGCUGUGUGUAUGUGAAUGUCGUUCAAAGAAUUUCAGACAUAAUAGUCAGUAAUAUGUGAGAAAUAAUGGCUUCUAUAGAAUAAGCUGCAUUAUCUUCAUCAAAGUUAUACAAAAAUUUGACCCCAAAAAUAUACAGUGUACUUUAAGGAUAGUGAUAGUUUCUGAACUCCGAAAUACCAAUUGUUCAUCCAACUUUAUCGCAGUGUAUGUGUUACUGUUAUUUCACAGAGUAAUUGGACGGUUUAUACAUGGAAUGACUAAACAAAUGUAAGAAAUACCUAUAUGUUCUGUGAAACAGCGAAAUUCAGUGGUAACAUACACACAACUUUCAGAUAUUUCUACUAUGUUAUACAGUGAAAAUCUUUAUGUGAUGAGAAGAAAGUUAGACCAUUACGGCAGCCUUGUCUUCUACACAACAGCAGUACUUUAUUUGCAAGGUAAUAUGUACCGGGUCCCGUCUGUGAUGAAAGUGCGCACUUUCUUUUACCUUUCAUUAUAAUCUGUACAUUUCGAUUCUGAAACGCUGUUUCAGCAUACCUGGUCUUCCACCAAGCAUCGGGACGGAUAAUAAGCAAAAUUGAAGAGUUUAUUAAAACAGAUGUUAUGCCUAAAAAUAAUUAUUGGUUUAAGUUAUCCCUUUAAAACUUAAUAAAGUAAAAAGUAAAGGUAUCCUUGUAACAGAGGGUUGUGCGAUGUUGAGGUUCACACAUUUUCUAGGCA